UGGGUAAUUAGGGUAUAUAUGAACAUCUUGUGUCUCCAGCGUAGGGUUUCCAGAGCGGCGCGCCUGUUUGCUGUCCUUAACAACCAGUCUCCGCGAAAAUCCAUUAAAAAUGGAAGAAGAAAAAGUAGGAGGAGCCAUCUUCAAAGACAUAAGGCGUUAUUACUGCGAAUUUUGUGGAAUCUGCAGAUCUAAGAAGUCUCUCAUCAACUCCCACAUUCUCACUCAUCAUACGGACGAAGUAAACAAAGGGGGAAAGGAAGAAGAGGGAGCUUCAUCGUCAAAUACAUGUGAAGAGUGCGGUGCUUCUUUCAAGAAGCCUGCUUAUUUGAAGCAACACUUGCAAAGCCACUCGCUUGAGAGGCCAUUUGUUUGUUUGGUUGAAGAUUGUCAUGCUAGCUACAGGAGGAAAGACCACUUGACUCGCCACCUUCUUCAGCACCAAGGAAAACUCUUUAAGUGUCUGAUUGAGAAUUGCAAUAGAGAAUUUGCAUUUCAAGGCAAUAUGAAAAGGCAUUUAAAAGAGUUUCAUGAUGAAGAGUCAUCUGACUUGGAUGCUGGAAGUCAGAAGCAAUAUGUCUGCCAAGAAGUAGGAUGUGGAAAGGUGUUCGAAUUUAAGUCAAAGCUUAAAAAGCACGAGGAUUCUCAUGUUAAGCUGGAUUCAGUGGAAGCCUUCUGUUCUGAACCAGGUUGCAUGAAGUAUUUUACUAACGAGCAAUGCCUUAAGGCUCAUGUGCUAUCUAGCCAUGCAUAUAUUAACUGUCAAAUAUGUGGAGCAAAGCAGCUGAAAAAGAACAUCAAGAGACACCUCCGAUCACAUGAACCAGGAGGGGUUGAAUCAGAGAGAAUUAAGUGUAAUUUUGAGGGUUGUCUUCAUACAUUUUCAACUAAAUCAAAUCUUCGCCAGCAUGUCAAGGCUGUGCAUGAAGAACUCAAGCCUUUUGCAUGUAGCUUCUUUGGUUGUGGUAUGAGAUUUUCAUACAAGCAUGUUAGAGACAACCAUGAGAAAUCAGGGUGCCACGUUUAUACUCCUGGCAACUUCCUGGAGACUGAUGAGCAGUUCCGCUCAAAGCCAAGGGGCGGGCUGAAGAGAACAUGCCCCACUGUGGAAAUGCUUGUUCGAAAAAGAGUAACUCCACCACAAAUGGAUGCAACAAUGGAUCUGGGGCCAGCUCCUGCUUGUUCGUAAUAUGGAUAGGAUGAGUAACCUCUGAGUAGUUUGGUGCUUGAGUUGAACAACGUGCUGUGGAAACCAUAGCUGUAUUGAACUUUUCUUGUAUCUGCUAUCUCAACCUAUCCUUGUAGCAGUAGGUGUAAGUAUUCUUAAUUUUUUAUUAGUUGAUGUAAGCCUUUUUUUUUGGAAUUGCUACAUGCCGUUUUCUUCAAUAGGAAAACUUUGUAAUGAAUGGGAUGUAUAUUAAUAAUAUAGUGGGUUCUAUA